AUGCUUGGUGCCCUGAUUAUCGUGGCCAGCAUCAUCAAGCUGAACGUGACUGUUAAGCUGUUUAGUGAGGCUCACGCCGACUAUACAUCCAAGUUCUUCCCCCAACUCGGUCUCGACGAUCGUUACUUCGUCAUCUGGACCAUGUUCAAGACGGGCGUGGGCGUCAUCUCUGCCUCACUGCCGCCGCUGCGCCGGCUCCUCACUGCAACUCUGCGCACUGUUGGACUUUCUCGCCGCUCCUGCGAGAACCCGGAUGGCAAGUCAGGUCGUAUAACCAUUAGUGGCGGCGGAAGUGGCAAGAAGUCGUACAAGAGCACCGGCAGGACCGAUAUCAGCACGCUCGUUGCCGCCACGAGUGACACUGAGAUGGCCCGGGGCCCUUUCAAGCAGAUUCACGAUGAUCACGACUACGAGCUCAGCCCUCCCCCAAAUCAGUGGCCAAGGGUGUAUUUCUCUGGAAUAGAUACUGCGGUUGUUGACCGGGAGCAUGCUACUAUCAAUGGGUAUAGUCUUCCUCUAGGCUCGGUCGGGGCGGUCCCGGCGCCGGUAGGGUAG